UUUCUCCAAAAUCGAGUAGCCAUAUGGAAAAUAUUGAUUUAAAUCCAUUUCUAACAACCUCAAAAUUAUUACUGGAAACAACAAUGGUCGAGACCGUAGCAAAUAACCAAAAGGUAUCGAAAUCUUCACAGAUCAGUGGCGAAAAUGAGACCCGUGAACAUGUUCGUGUAGAACGAUCAGCAUUACCCAUUUUAAAUGAGAACUUUCCCAAAAUUGGUCCAAAUAAUGUACAAUUUCCGGGGGAAACGGAAAAAGUAGCUGCAGCUGGUCGUUACUUUCAAUACAAUAUAAAACCAACGAGCACAUUUGAACAGGAAUCGGAAAACGUAGAAACUACACAUAAAGUUCGGGAGGGGAAAUCGGCGAAUUUGGCAACAUCUGCUGCUACAAUGACCGGUCCUUUUUUAGUAAAUGGGGACCUUCGACAGCAUAUGUCGGGGUCCCAAAUCGUGAAUCCGACGAACAGCAGUACUGCGAUCUCGACAGCAGCUACUGCCACAUUGGUGCCACAUAAUGCCCGUCAAAAUCCCAAUCCCGACAUCCAAGACAUCAUAACGGGCAUUGUAAAGCUGCUCAACGGUAACGUUAAUGUUCAUGCUAAUACUCAAGGUGUAAGGCGUCCAUCGGCAAGUCGCAUUAACAAUCGUGGGCCUCCAAGAAUAUCAGAAGUACAAAAUUUGCCCAUAGAAUAUGAUGGUCAAAAACCAUCAGGAGGCACUUCUAUACGGCCUCCGCCAUAUCCAUUUGAUCGCCCGGAAAGACCAUUCAUUACAGGUGUUCCCAUUCCCGAACAAAUUGUUCCUGUGCGGCCUGGUUUUGUAAGUAAUCGACCACCUUGGCAUCGUAAUAAACCCCGACCACCGAUUAGCACUUCAAUCGGCGGUCGCAGACCAAUACCUCAAUACAAACCCCUACCUUCUUCACAAAUGCAACCUCCACAAGAAGAUGACCAGCAGUCCAAUAUUCCCAGCAUGCAUGCUAACGGACCCAUUGAAAUUCCUACAGUUGCCGAAGAUUACCAUGAUAUCAAUGAUAGUCCUGCGCCUCCAGACAACUCAUUUGACUCGGAAUUUUCGAAUGAAGAUUUAAAUACUCAAUAUAUUGAAGUGUCUGAUAAUGAUACAGACACUCAGACAUCCAAUAAUUCAGCUGACAAGGUAAAGGAGGAAAUUCAACCACCUCCUAUGACAUCGAAAAAAGAAGAACACCCCAUUAAAAAGAAGAAUAAUAAACACAAGUCUCCCGAUAAGAAAAAACAUUCCUCCGAUUUCUAUACCACAAUAGUAGAGACAAGUUCAGAGGUCCACACUGUAAUGCAUAUGUCUUCUACGUAUGUGCCAAUGCCUAUGGAUACAACAGAAGCUGUAGCUGGCAUAGAUCCCUCUGCAGAAGAAGUUAUUUUUAUGACUGCCAGCAAAACACCAGAGUUGGAAACUAUGGCCACAAUUACGAAGAAGGAAACUUCUUCUACAUCAACACCAACUCCCCUAAAGAAUAAAAUAUCAUCUACCAUAUCUACUAAACCCUUGAACACAGCAGAAAAUGAGGGAACAAUUUUUACCAGCUCAAAUCUGAGUACUGAGUUAAAGAAUACUAUAGUUCCUACAAAAAUUACCUCUGUUCCCAUACCCACCACUACUACUAAUUCAUAUACUACUACCACAACCACUACUACUACUACCACCACCUCAACCACAUCUACAACUGAAACUGUACCCACCUCUAAUAACCAACAUCCAACUCCAACACCACCGCCACCACAACUACCCGCUCAAUAUCAACCAAGACCUGGUAUUGUAUUGGACGAUCCCGAGUUCCAACCGGGUGGACGUCCUCGCCCACAACGUCCACCCCAAUCACAGGCGCCUCGCAAUCCUGCUCCUCCCGUUAACAUACAACCAACACGUCAGCAUUUACCACCCGGUUAUGGUGAAAUAUUUGAUGUGACACUGUCUGCCAUACAGGGACCUGGUUCCAAGAGUGGCUCACAACAAACGAUCAAUAUUAAACCAUUUGGUUCUUAUGGCUCUCCGGGUGGUAAUGGUGCUCAGCCAAAUGCAGAUAUUAUUGUGUCCGCUUCAGAUCCUCCGACAGGCGUUCAGUUGCCCUCAACACCAGCCACAGCUAUACCCCAGUUACCAGGUAGUGGUACAUCCUCAACCUCGAAGCCAAUUAGUAGUACUGGCAGCGCGCUAGGUGGUAGUAGUGCCAAUCCACCGGUAUCUCCGAUAACUCAACAAAAUUCACCCGGUUCGGUAUACGGUGUAGCUGAAACGGAAAUUGUUGAUAUACACACAAACAAACCGCAACAUGUUAAACCACAACAACAGCCACCAACAACUACUAACGCUGGACCGGCUAGACCACACUAUAGGCCACGUACCACUCAACCACCAGUUCGUAUUGAUACUUGUAUUGUUGGAGACGACUCUACUUGUGAUCAGGCUCAACACGAACAUUGUAAAACGGAAAACGGUGUAUCAAGUUGUCACUGUAGACCAGGUUACUCCAGACGUAAACACCGAGAACCUUGUCGCCGAGUUAUAACAUUCUAUAUUGGAAUGCGUGUUGAUCGAAUUUAUGAACAUCGCAUUGUGUGGGAUAAUAAACUGGCAGAUCGUAACAGUGAGCCCUUUAGUCAGUUGAGUUUUGAGUCCAUUAGAGCUAUUGAUUCAGCCAUGUCGAUGACUCCAUACUCAGAUGAAUUUAUGGAUGCCAAAGUUAAUAAUAUAUACCGUGGAGAUCCAAAUUUAGGAGGCAGUGGAGUUUAUGUCAAUUUAACAAUUAAGUUGGAUGAAAGCGUUGAAACACUGCGUCCCAACUUGCGCACUGAUGUCCAGAAACAUUUGUUGGGAGUUCUGCAUAGACGCAACAAUAACAUUGGAAACUCGGUAUUAUAUGUCAGUUCACCGGAGGGUGCCAUAUCUGCUUUAAGAGACUUGGAUGAAUGUCAAAUAAUAGAGUUAAAUGACUGUCAUCCCACGGCAACGUGUGCAAAUGUUUGGGGAAGUUUUCGUUGCACAUGCCAAGAAGGCACUAAAGAUCCUUGGUAUGAUCAACCUAAUCGGGCUGGAAGAGAGUGUCAAACCUGCCCGGAGGCGUAUUGCAAUAAUCGUGGAAUCUGCAGUUACAAUGAAGACGGCAAUCAAGUGUGUGAAUGUGAUUCCAGUCAUUAUGGUGGACAAUGUGAAAUUGAUGGUGAAGUGCUGGGAGUAGCUAUAGGAGCAUCAGUGGCAGCUGUUAUUAUCAUCGUAUUGACUCUGAUCUGUUUGAUAAUGUGGUCGCGCAGAUGGCAAAGGGAACAAAAGAAUGCCAUAGGCUCACCGGUGUUUGGGUACAUGAAUACGGCACCCUUGAAGUCAGCUGCAUUGCCACAACCCGGCUAUCAAGUUACCUUAGAAGAUCGCAUGCGAUGGGCCCAAAUUGCCGAUGUUAUGGCACAAACCAAUCACUAUGGGGUUGAACCUAUGGGUGGACCUACACGACCCUCAUCGGCCAUGUUUGCUUAUCCAAAUUUACAGACAUUGGGUACAAUGGGUAUGGGUACUAUUGGCGGUAUGUCUAUGCAAAGUACUAUGCAACAAAUGCAUCAAAGUAACACCAUGGCACCGCCAGUUCCCCUACCACGGUAUGAUUUGGGCCUAAGUUCACGUUCCGCGGGUAUGAGGACCUUAGAAAAUUCAAGCUCCAGUGAGGAAGAAGAUCGUACCGAUUUAUUGGGUAGAAACUUUCAAGUACCAAGACCGAAAAGUCGCAGCAAUGGUAGCAUAACGAAUCAAUCUGGCAUUUAUUAUGAUGUUGACUAUGAACCCUCGGCCAAUGGAAUUGGAAGUUCUAGUGUAGAUCGUCUGUACGGAUCACAAAAUCAGUCUACAACACAUUCACACAUGGGUAAUCAUCAUAUACCGGGUCCACAAGGCAUACCCAUGAGUACGUAUACAUCGGGACGGGCACCCAGUAGUUAUUAUAUGAAGUAGAUCCCUAGUUUUUUUAGUUAAGUCUACACUACACUGAAUAAUAUCUAAACACUUGUAUCGAUAUGAGUAAAUUUUAUAAUUUGUAGAUACAUUUGUAAUUAGUUUAUCUAUAUAUUAAUCGUAUAUAUUAUAUAUACUUUUAAAAUAUCAACAAUAUUUUGUAGAUCUAAAGGUCCACUUAUCUUGUAAGCAUAAUUUCUUGGCAAUAAAUUUAUGUAAGUAUCUAAAUAUAACUAAAUAUGUAUGUGUAACAUUAAGAUACUUUAUCUCUUUAGUACUAGUCUCUUAAGAAGAAAAUUGUAAAUAUUAAUAAACAAAGAAAUAAUUAUUUAUUAUAAAUAAAAUAUGUAUUUUAUUAAGUAUUUAUCAACAAUGUUUAAGUGAAUUUAUUAAAAAAUACUAAAAUGUUUAAAUUAUUAUUAAAAAUGUGUACUAAUCAUAAUUUUUAAAGUUCUUUCCAUAAAUUAAUGCAGUGUUCUUAAAUUAGAAUAAUAUCAGUAAAUAGAAAUGUAAAUAAAUAAUUUUAUGAAAAUAAUAUGAAUAAAA